CAGAAUCACAGGUCAGUGCAGUGCAGCCGUUUGUGUGAAGCGUCAAGGUUUUCGCGUCUGGAUUAGGGAAUCAUUGUUUGGAUUGUUGAGCCGCCGGAAAUGGCUGCUGGGAAGUACUUUUGGAUUGGAGCCGCGUUGCUCCAGCUGGUGGUGCUGGUGCUGGGAGCUCCCGAUGGGAUUAAUAUUUACAAAGAUAUGCUUCGAGUAAAAAACGACGAAGAUGACUACGCGGCAAUGCUCAGUGCGGAAGAUUUCGAUGAGCCAAAACUAGUUUUCUACCGAACUCCGCUAGAUUCCUUCUCGGAUGUGAGCAUGACCGGGUACGGAAAGCGAACCGUUAACCGGUACAAAAACAUGAUGCUCAACAAGGACGCUCCGGAAGCGCUGCUCUUAGACGACCCGUUGCUCCAGGGCAAGGAUGUCGCCGGCCGAAUGUACUUCCCGCGCGUCUCCACCAAACGAAGCCCGGGCGCCAUCCUGAGCUGGGCCAUUCCGGCGGCCAACCGAGUGUCUACGGGUGUUCAACACCAACUACCGACCCCCGGGAAUCAACCGUCCGGCGGCCUAAGCACAACCGAACCUACCACGACCACCACCACCCUUGGACCGAGAAAACACUAAAAACGCCACUGGAUAGGACUUGGCAUCGACACAGGAAGGGGAGGAGAGACAGAGAUAGAGAGAAUGUUAUCGUCACUUGCUUUUUCCGUAGCACACCGCCUAAACAAUAACAAAAUAAUAACAUCAACAACAUUACGCGAUCGCCAACA